CAUACCUAGCCCUGCUGUUGGCGCUUGGCGCGCUCGCUUGUUACUUCAUUGCGAGCGAACACAGUCGGACAAAAGCCGUAUGGCAUUACCUAAUCAAAAAUACAGUAGAUUCACAGGCCGUCAUUGCUCCGCGGGAGAGUUCGGGGUUCUCUCGAAUCACCUUUCUCGAGACCGGAGGCCACGGAAGGAUCACUGCACGAAUGGCCUGCGCGGUCGAGUCGGCAGCGAGGCUGCAUCCUGAUUGGAUGGUGUACCUGCUGUCAGUGGCACACGGCGAAGAAGCCUCGAAGGACAACGCCACAAGUUCUUUCGCUCAGUUGCUGCGAGCCAUUCCGAACGUCGUCACGAGCACUAUCAGGCCGCAGGAGGUGUUCCAGGGUACACCACUCGAGUCGUGGUACGAGUCCGGCAUCCUCAACAGGAGCGCCUUCCCCGUCGAGCACCUUGCCGACGCUCUGAGGCUGGCAGUGGUGUACAAGCAAGGGGGCGUGUACCUCGACAUCGACGUCAUUGUGAUGCGCUCACUCGAUUCGCUGCCGCCUUGCGUCUGCCAGGCGCCAGUGAAUGACGGCGACAUGGUGGGCAACGCAUUCUUCGCAUUCCACCGAGGCGACCCGUUUCUCCUAAACCUGAUGGAGCGGGCACGCAAGGUAUACAAGCCCCGCGAAUGGAGCUUAAUCGGACCCUUGCUGCUACGCCAGGCGACGUUGUCUCGGUGCAAGGCCAAGACAGUGAAGAUGAUACUUGGACACCGAUGCGGUGGCGUCGAAGGUUUCACGGUGAUGCCUCACUGGAUAUUCAUGCCGAUAUCUGCCCAUGACUGGGAGUUGCUCUUCACUGCCAACAACAGCCGCCAGGCGUGGAUCAUGUCAGCUGGCAGCUACGCCAUCCACUUCUACAAUGCGUUAAGCUCAAACGCGCAUGCGCUUCCAGGGUGCUUUUACCGAGAGGCGGCGGAGCUGUACUGUCACGACAGUCUGCAGCUUUCCUUGGACAUUAAUAAUGGCGUCUUCUGA